CGCUAUUUAAGGCGCCCCGCCCGCCGCCCGCGCCGCCGGCAGGUCCCGCACGGCUCCCGCGGGCCCCGCUCCAGCAUCGUCCCCGCCGCCACCUGGGCUGCCCGGCAGGCAGGCGACACAGGCCCGGCAGCCAUGGGUGACUGGGGCUUCCUCGAGAAGCUGCUGGACCAGGUCCAGGAGCACUCGACUGUGGUGGGCAAGAUCUGGCUGACGGUGCUGUUCAUCUUCCGCAUCCUCAUCCUGGGGCUGGCCGGUGAGUCGGUGUGGGGUGACGAGCAGUCGGAUUUCGAGUGUAACACGCUCCAGCCAGGCUGCACCAACGUCUGCUACGACCAGGCCUUCCCCAUCUCCCACAUCCGCUACUGGGUGCUGCAGUUCCUCUUCGUCAGCACGCCCACCCUGGUCUACCUGGGCCACGUCAUUUACCUGUCUCGGCGAGAGGAGCGGCUGCGGCAGAAGGAGGGGGAGCUGCGGGCACUGCCAGCCAAGGAUCCACAGGUGGAGCGGGCGCUGGUGGCCAUAGAGCGCCAGAUGGCCAAGAUCUCAGUGGCAGAGGAUGGUCACCUGCGGAUCCGUGGAGCGCUGAUGGGCACUUACGUGGCCAGCGUGCUCUGCAAGAGUGUGCUAGAGGCAGGCUUCCUCUAUGGCCAGUGGCGCCUCUAUGGCUGGACCAUGGAGCCCGUGUUUGUGUGCCAGCGGGCACCCUGCCCCUACCUCGUGGACUGCUUCGUCUCCCGCCCCACGGAGAAGACCAUCUUCAUCAUCUUUAUGCUGGUGGUCGGACUCAUCUCCUUGGUGCUCAACCUGCUGGAGCUGGUGUACCUGCUGUGCCGCUGCCUCAGCCGGGGAGUGAGGGCCCGGCAGGGCCAGGACACCCCUCCAGCCCAGGGAACCUCCUCAGACCCUUACACGGACCAGGUCUUCUUCUACCUCCCCAUGGGCCAGGGGCCCUCGUCCCCACCAUGCCCCACCUAUAACGGGCUCUCAUCCAGUGAGCAGAACUGGGCCAACCUGACCACAGAGGAGAGGCUGGCUUCUUCCAGAACCCCCCUCUUCCUGGACCCACCCCCGCAGGGUGGCCGGAAAUCCCCCAGUCGCCCCAGCAGCUCUGCUUCCAAGAAGCAGUAUGUGUAGGGGCCUGGGGCUUAUGUCAACCAACAGAGAAGUGACUAGACUGGAGAAGCAGGUGCUUGCUGGCCAGGGGACCUCACUGCAGGUAGUUCUUGAACACCUGGGGCCUUCCUGGUGACCAGAGAGCACCAUGGCUUCUGUCCAGAAGGUGGGUUUGCCCCAGGCACAGGGCCCGCAUGGGGUGCUCUUGGCCAAGGGUGUUGUGAGCCCUCUAGCCUUUUUCACCUGCUCCAGGGGGACCCAGAGCCAACUCACCCAACCCCACCCUUAUGGAAGAUUCACCCCUGCCCAGGUUGUCCUCACAGGAGAAGGCAGACCGGGGCUUCUGGGUUGGCCUUGGUCACACGGACAGAGCCUGUGUUGGAUCUCGCCUGUCAGGGGGACUGCUGCCUUGUUUUCAUCACUCCUUCCUAGUUCUACUGUUUAUGCUUCUAAAAUAAACAGGACUUGAUCACAA